AUGGAUCCCCUCAGAAUCGAACAGAUGAACUUAUAUUCGGAUUCCUUGUAUAUUCGUGGUGAUCGUGUUCAACUGUGUGAUUUGGCUCACUCUUUCUUCGAAACCCAUAAGUAUUCGUUUGAGACGUGUUGUAUCGUAGAAGUGGACCCACAAGACUACCGUGGGUGGUAUGGCCUUGGCCAGAUGUAUGACAUUAUCAAGAUGCCUACCUACUCGUUAUUCUACUACCAACAGGCUCAUCUUUGCAAGCCCCAAGACUCUCGAAUGCUGGUUGCACUUGGUGAUGUCUAUCAGAAAAUGGGUCGCCUUCGUAACGCCGAGAAGUGCUUCAUCUCGGCGUUCAAAUAUGGUGAUGUGGAAGGCACAGCCCUUUGGAUGCUAGCCAAGUUGUAUGAAUCUGAAAACCAAAUGCAACGUGCUGCGAGGUCCUAUGAGGAAUAUCUGAGGGAGUAUCAAGAUAUAGAGGAUACCGACGAAAAUGUGGUAUACUGUGUACAGUUCCUUGCCAAGCACUAUCUGGAGCAGCGUGAUGUGGAUAAAGCAAUUUUCUAUGGCCAAAAAUGCUUACAGCAUGAUUCGAUCUCGGAAGAAGGUCGCCUAGUACUGCGGACAGCUGAGGCGAUGAAAGAGCCACAUGAUCAUGAUAAUGCCGGUGAUAUGAAUCCAUUGAAGUUAACCGAUGAUACGUUCAAUUCUACGGGUGGAUUUGAUAUAACUCAAGGAACCAGGUGA